AAAAUAUGUAAUUUGUGAAAUAGGAAAGGACAUUAAAAUGAUAGUAUGUAGUCCAUUAAGGUAAAGAAAAUGCUGCAUAUAGUUCUGUGUGGUGCUACUCAGGGGGAAAGAGCCAUGUCUCUGCAUUACAAAUUAGUUUGCUUCUAAUUUUGCAGGCUGUUGACCACACUGCCUCAAACCAAAUCUUUUCCCUGGAUAUGGAGUGAUUGCAUGACAGACUCUAUGAACCAUGAAUAUGUCAACAACUCAUGGGCCAGGCCUUGCUUAGCAAUUAGUCUUUGGGGGAUUUUAUUCAGAAAUCAGACAACACUAGAUCAGAGCUUGUUGGGGAUUCUGUGAUUACUAGUUAUGUCUGGAGCAUGAAUCUGGAUUAGUACAAAAAAUCUGUAAAGGAAGAAAAGCUGUGACUAGUGGUGUCAACAUGCACAUACACACACAUGCACACUCACACACAUCCUCAUUUGGGAGGAUAGUGAACACUCAACAUAAAGCACAAGUCCCUAGAAGGAAGCAAGAAAAUACUUCUUUCUCCUAAAGGAGGCCAAUGUUUCCCUAACUUCAGCCAUUUAAACAUUACCAUCCCAAUUCGUCAUAACUCCUUACUGCCUGCACUACAAUUUACUCUAUGCAUUUUUUUUAAGGAACUUUCUUUGAAACCCCACUUUUGUUUUAAAUAGUAAUGAGUGUGAUAUUAUGGGCAUGAGUUGGAUAUCAUUGUGCCUGUUAAAUUUGCUUUCAUCUCACACAGAGGAAAUGAAAUGCAGCACUUUAAAUAUUAGAAGUAUGAUCUUACCAUCUAAAAUCACUUUGCAAACCAUUCAACAUGGAAGAUGAUGUGUCAAAUGUACAAAUAAUGUGUGCCUGGUGCCAGAAAGUGGGAAUCAAGCGCUAUUCCCUGAGUAUGGGGAGCGAGGUGAAAAGCUUCUGCAGCGAGAAGUGCUUUGCGGCCUGCCGGCGAGCCUACUUCAAGAGGAACAAGGCUAGAGAUGAAGAUGGACAUGCUGAAAAUUUUCCCCAGCAGCACUAUGCUAAGGAAACUCCAAGGCUUGCCUUCAAGAAUAACUGCGAACUACUUGUAUGUGACUGGUGUAAGCACAUAAGACACACAAAAGAAUACCUGGAUUUUGGGGACGGGGAAAGAAGGCUUCAGUUCUGCAGUGCAAAAUGUCUCAAUCAAUACAAAAUGGACAUUUUCUACAAAGAGACACAGGCCAAUCUUCCAGCUGGGCUGUGCGGCACAUUACACCCUCCCAUGGAAAAUAAAGCAGAAGGCCCCGGGGUGCAGCUGCUCACUCCAGACUCUUGGAAUAUCCCGCUCACUGACGCUCGGAGGAAGGCUCCCUCCCCCGUGGCUGCCGCUGUCCAAAGCCAGGGCCCCGGCCCAUCCUCGUCCACCACCGUCUCUCCAUCUGACACCGCCAACUGCUCUGUCACGAAAAUCCCCACUCCGGUGCCCAAGUCUCUCCCCAUCAGCGAGACGCCAAGCCUCCCUCCGGUCUCUGUGCAGCCGCCUGCCAGCAUCGGGCCUCCCCUGGGCGUCCCUCCUCGCAGCCCUCCGAUGGUGAUGACCAACCGCGGCCCGGUGCCGCUGCCCAUCUUCAUGGAGCAGCAGAUCAUGCAGCAGAUCCGCCCGCCCUUCAUCCGCGGGCCCCCGCACCACGCCUCCAACCCCAACAGCCCUCUGUCCAACCCCAUGCUUCCUGGCAUCGGGCCCCCGCCCGGCGGCCCCAGGAACCUGGGCCCCACUUCCAGCCCCAUGCACCGGCCCAUGCUGUCGCCCCACAUCCACCCCCCGAGCACCCCCACCAUGCCCGGGAACCCUCCGGGCCUGCUGCCCCCGCCGCCCCCGGGCGCCCCCUUGCCGAGUCUUCCCUUCCCGCCGGUGAGCAUGAUGCCCAAUGGCCCGAUGCCUGUGCCCCAGAUGAUGAAUUUCGGGCUGCCGUCGCUCGCGCCCCUGGUGCCGCCCCCCACCCUGCUCGUGCCCUACCCGGUGAUCGUGCCCCUGCCCGUGCCCAUCCCCAUCCCCAUCCCCAUCCCUCACGUCAAUGAUUCCAAGCCCCCCAAUGGAUUCUCCAGCAACGGGGAGAGCUUCAUUCCGAGCGCCCCGGGCGACUCCUCGGCGGCGGGGGGCAAGCCCGGAGGACGCUCCUUGUCCCCCCGGGACUCCAAGCAGGGCUCGUCCAAGUCCUCGGACUCGCCGCCCGGCUGCUCGGGCCAGGCCCUGAGCCUGGCGCCCGCGGAGCCCGGCCGGAGCGAGGUGGUGGACCUGACCCGGCGCGGAGGCAGCCCCCCGGGCGCGGGCGGCCAGCCGGGCUUCCCGGGCGUGCUGCAGGGCCCGCAGGACGGGGUCAUCGACCUGACGGUGGGCCACCGGGCCCGGCUGCACAACGUGAUCCACCGCGCGCUGCACGCGCACGUCAAGGCGGAGCGCGAGCCGGGCGCGGCGGAGCGCAGGACCUGCGGCGGCUGCCGGGACGGCCACUGCAGCCCGCCCGCCGCCGGGGACCCGGGCCCGGGCGCCCCCGCGGGGCCCGAGGCCGCCGCGGCCUGCAACGUCAUCGUGAACGGCACGCGCGGCGCCGCGGCCGAGGGCGCCAAGGGCGCGGAGCCGCCGCCCGAGCAGCCGCCGCCGCCGCCGCCCCCGCCGCCGCCCCCGCCGCCGCCCGGGCCGCCCCGGAAGCUGCUGGCGCCCGAGGAGCCGGCCGUGAGCGAGCUGGAGUCGGUCAAGGAGAACAACUGUGCGUCCAACUGCCACCUGGACGGGGAGGCGGCCAAGAAGCUGAUCGGGGAGGAGACCCUGGCGGGGGGCGACAAGUCGGACCCCAACCUGAACAACCCCGCGGACGAGGACCACGCCUACGCCCUGCGCAUGCUGCCCAAGACCGGCUGCGUGAUCCAGCCCGUGCCAAAGCCCGCGGAGAAGGCGGCCAUGGCGCCCUGCAUCAUCUCCUCGCCCCUGCUCGGCGCCGGGCCCGAGGACCUGGAGCCGCCGCUCAAAAGGAGGUGCCUCCGAAUUAGAAAUCAGAAUAAGUAAAAGGAAUGAGCAUUCCCAGGGUACCUUGCAUGGAGAGGGCGCGGAGUAAACCAUGUCACGCCAUCCAAUGACACCAGCUGGUCAGCUCACCACCCCCUCUGGCUACAAGUCAAGCAAAUAAAGCCGCUUCCUGUCAUUAAGCAUCUCGGAGGAAGCAGCCCUCCCUUGGUGGCCUCCAGCCCAGAGAAGCCAGCACGCCUUGGACCCAGCAAGCAGGCCCAGCCUCCCUGCGCCAUCGGCUCUGCUUCUCCCCAGAGGAGCUUAGGGAUUUCACCCUGGUUUAACAACAACAACAACAACCAACAACCAACAAAACACCAACAAGCCACAAGGACCAAUGUAGGUAUUCUCCCCGCCCCAUCUUCAAGACUCAGCGGCUGAGGCUGGAAGAUGAUACGGACUGGAAAAGAAAACUCUUUUUUUUAAUCUUUUUAAAAACUGCUGUGGUUUUGCUGCUACACUAAGAAUUGUGAUUUGCAUUGUAUGGUUUUGGACCGAAGCUGUUCACGUUUUGAUGGCGGGGAGGGGUGGUGUCGGAGUCCUGAUACUUCAGAUUCAUCAUCUCUGUCCAGCCCAGGAUGCACUUUUAAAUGAAGAGUUAGAAUAUUUUAUUGGCUAAUAUACUUUUCUUGUUAUUUUUACAAAGGCCACCUUUCUCCUUUUUGAUGCCAUAUUUUCAGUGUUACACUUUUAUGGCUUUUAAUUUUCGAUUUGACAGAUGUAAGAAGCAGCAUGGAUAGUUUAUACUGUGGUUUUUUUUCAGAGACUGAAUGCCAAGAGAACUCGGUAAAUGUUUAUUCUUCUCAGCUUUCUCUUGAAAUUCCCCUAAAUAGCGCCCCAUUUGGGAACAGAGCAAGAGUGUUGAACUGAAGACCAAAAUACCCUCAAGGUGUAAAAUAAUCCGAGGGGGGAAUAUUUGCUGGGCGACACGAAAGACUCGGAUGAAAUUUCAACCGUGAUGGUUUUCGGUGAUCCAGGAAGUCAGUGAGACAAUCUCUCUCUACCAGAGCCCUUUCGUGAUAAUUAGAAUGGUAUGGACAAACCAAUGAAAAACGAGAGAAAGUGAGAAAGAUUGCCCAUGAUUCUGUUUCACUGUUUGCUUUCUCCUGUCAUGGUUAAGAGAAAUGUGCAAUUGGAUCCUCAGUCAGUGGGUGGAGGAUAACAGGGUAGAUUUACUUGUGUGCACUUGUACAGUUGUAGCUGCGAGUCCAGAAGUCCUGUAGAGCAUGUGUACUGGCCCUCAGUUGGUGAGGCAGUCGUGGAGUACCCCAGUCUGAUGAGUACAGAGAAAAAAGAAAAAAAAAUUAAGAAAAAAAAAUCAAAAAAAAAAAAAAAAAGGAAGAGAGAGAGAGAGAGAGAGAAGAAAACUUAAAAAAAAAUCACCUUGUGAUUCAGUGUAUCUGUUUACUAACUCAAAAGCAAUUGUUCCCUCUGGAGGGGUCCGGGCGCCCCGCCUCACCGGGCUGUGGCGCCUGCGCAGUGCACCGUGGGGAGGGCCGGGCCCUGGUUUCGUCCCGUCGGCCUUGUGGCACUGGGGCCCUAGAUGCGUGUACAUACUGUAUUUCUAUAUUCUCCUUUGUACAGUCACUUAACAAGUCAAGCUACUGUUUUACAGGUGCUCCUUAUUUAUUAGAGCUGUGAGAGCUUGGGGGACACACCUGGCGAGCGAGCUCGCUUUUUAAAAACGAAAUUGGGG